CUCACUAUUCGAUCUCCAUUUUCCCCAUAAAUAGGCAACUACUAGUGCUUCCAAAAUUCACACUACGCACUACUCUACUACAAUUUCUCCACCGCUCCACGCUCAGCACUUGAUCAAAGCGAUUUCAGUUCCUUCUCUCUCUCUCUCUCUCUCUCUCUCUCUCUCUAGUGUCUUUGAUCAAGAUGAUGGCGGCUCCUCUCAGUUUGCCGCCGUGGGCAGUGGGGCCAGAGGAUGUUCCAUCGCUGCCAAAAUCGAAGGUGUUGGAGAUCUUGGAUUCCGCUCUCACCAUCGCCGCCCUACAUUGGCCCGACGAGCUCUCCGCCCGCCAAACCCACAUCCUCCACAACCUGGACAAGGCUUUACAGCAGCAGCAAGCCUCUACAAUCCCUAAGAAGAAUAAGAAGAAGACGGUCCGGAACCCUAAUCCGCCUUCAAGAAACAACAUUACCAUCACUGUCGACCUUCGCCGCUCACCCAACACAGCAAAGGAAGAUGUCGUUGUUUCAAAGCCGCCACCGACAGCAGCAGCGAAGGAUGAUGAUGAUGCGGCGUCGACCUACGAGCGGAAGUUGGAGAUGAGCAAAAGGAAGUUGGAGAAAGGAUACGCGGCGCAUGAGGAGGCCAGGAACAGGAAGCGCUCCAAGGUCAUUGACUUUCACUUGCCCCCCGGACCCACCACCAAGAAGACGAAGACGAGCCCGAGCCUGGCUGAAGAAGCAACUGCAACGGCGACACGGGUGGUGGCGAAAACGAAGGCCAAACCGAAGCCGCCGCGGUGGUGGACCCGCCUGAAGAACGAGCGCGACGACGCUCGCAUCCGGAAUUUGGUACAUUCCGAGAUUCGGGAGCAACAACGACGCCACUGUGGCAGCGAGCUGGAAAUCUACAGCUAGUGUCUCUAUUAUGUGCCCCAGUAGUAACUGCAUACUUAAUCAGUUAUUUGUUAAACUUCCUUGUAGGCUAUACCUUUCGCUUUUAUUAUGUGCAUCUAAUCUACUAAUUCAGAACUGAGAUAACUCUCUGUUUCCUUCUGUACUUGUGAGAUUAUAAAUUUAUGAUUAUUUU